AUGGACUCCAUAGACAAGAAAGUUCAUGAGAAAUUAGAUGAAGAAGAACUUGAAGAUACAGUAGAGAAUGCAAAACCUUUGUUCGAAGAAGAAGUUAGAAAAAUGCAUGAAAAACAAAUAGAACAUGAACGUGAGAUAUGUUCUGGUUAUAGAGACUCGCCAUACGAACUAGACCAAUGGGAACAAGAAGAUUUAAAGAGAGAAUUUAGAGAAUAUGAACUCGCUAAGAUAGCAUUAGAAGCUGCAGAAGAGAGGUUAAAAGCUUGGGGUUGUUUUGUACAAAAAUAUUGUGAGUAA